CAGAACAAUGGCAAACGUGAAUUUUAAGCACCACGAAACGUUUCGUAACCCAACAGCAAUCUGGAGAAGCCUCAGAAAACUCUAGAAGCGGAGGAGGACGAGCAAUCAGCCAUGUCCAGCUCCGCCGCAGUCUUCGACGGCGUCGCAGCCACCGCGCUCCGCUCAGUUCUCCACCGCGUCCAGCUGGCAGCCGAAAAGUCCGGCCGCCGCGCCGACGAGAUCCGAGUGGUGGCGGUGAGCAAGACGAAGCCGGCGGCCGUCCUCCGCCAAGUCUACGACGCCGGCCACCGCUGCUUCGGCGAGAACUACGUCCAGGAAAUCGUCGAGAAAGCUCCUCAGCUUCCUGAAGAUAUAGAGUGGCAUUUUAUUGGGAAUUUGCAGAGCAAUAAAGUAAAGCCUCUUCUAAGUGCUAUUCCCAACCUUGCAAUGGUAGAGAGUGUGGAUGAUGAGAAGAUUGCAAAUCGUCUUAAUACUGUUGUUUCUAGCAUUGGGAGAAAGCCUUUGAAGGUCUUGCUCCAAGUGAAUACUAGUGGAGAAGAAUCAAAAUCUGGUGUUGAGCCCUCUGGAUGUGUGGAGCUGGCAAAGCAUGUGAGUUUGGAUUGUCCAAACCUAGAGUUUUGUGGUCUAAUGACCAUUGGUAUGUUGGAUUAUUCAUCUACACCAGAAAACUUUAAGACAUUAGCCAACUGCAGAGCGGAGGUCUGCAAGGCACUUGGAAUUCCAGAAGAGAAAUGUGAGCUAUCAAUGGGCAUGUCUGCGGACUUUGAGCUAGCUAUCGAAAUGGGAAGCACAAAUGUGAGAAUUGGAUCGACAAUUUUUGGGCCAAGAGAAUAUCCAAAGAAACAAUCGACUUAGCUUUGAUAUAUUUCAGAUUUAUUUUUCAUGUAAUCUUAUGCAUUGAUAUUGACAGAAUUGUGGUCACAAUUGUAUGCCAUUUGAAGACUGGAUGCAUAAUCUUUGUUAUAAAAUGUUCGUUGUACUUGAGCAUAGGAUGAAAAUCUUGAAAUCACCUCUCUGACAUAAGGGGAGUGCUACGUA